AUGGUCUACGAGCCUCUGCAUGGAUCAUGCUCCUGUGGCCGAAACAACUACCAGAUCACCAUCCCCGAUGAUGUGACCGAUCAUGCCGAGGUAUACUUUGACAGCAGCCGAGACAACCGCCGAUUCCACGGCACUCCGCUAACAGCAUGGCUGCGCGUGCCAUUGGACUGGUACCAGUCCUCUACGCACUCAUUCUUCCCCGAUGAGACACACUCGUCCAUCCGCCGUUCUUUCACACCACGCCAUGCCCCCCACACACGGCGCAUCUUCUGCGGAUUCUGCGGCACGCCGCUGACCUUUUGGACGGAAGAGCCACGCGAGGAAGCCGAGUACAUGUCCGUGGCAAUUGGUAGUUUAUUUGGAGAGAACCAGCGCGAGCUCGAAGACCUAGGCCUGCUCCCUGAGGACUUUGAAGACGAGACACCACACACGGGCAUCUCCACAUCGUCAGCCCUGGCGUCCUCGUCCCGGUCCCAAUCUUCUUCUGUUAUUGUGCCAUCUUUCGGCGAUACACCUAAUCUCUCGCGGAGUUUCAGACGUGGCACGGCCGGCGGCAUUCCCUGGUUCGAGGAGAUGGUGGAAGGCAGCCGGCUCGGCCGUCUGAUGCGCGCGAAGCGGGGGAGGGGGAUUAGUGAUGAUCAGUCGACGUCAAUAGAGUGGGAGAUCAGCGAGUGGCAUGAUGAUGGCACGGGGGGUAUCUUGCAAGAGGAUUCAGAGUCGAAUGGACAUGCUACCGGCAAGAGAAAACGGGGACACCAUGGCGAUGCGGAAGCGGCAUCUCCAAACAAGCGGACGGAGUAG